AUGACUGCUCCAUCCUUUGACGAAGUGUUAGAUAAACUCAAGUCCUUCCUCGAGCUCCCAGAAGAUCAACAACCCAAAGAAUGUCCUUUCAGUGCCGAUGAGAAGAAAGUCUUUAUUCAAAAUCAUCAUGCGAUGGUCCAAGAAUGUCCUGCUUUCCAUGAUCACUCGUGUCCAUUCACUAAAAUUCAUUCUUUGAAAGCUUUCAAAGAAAAGUUGGCACACAUUCCACAAUUAGAACAGAGAUGUCCUGCCAUGGCUGGUCAAACGCAUACUCAUGAAGUAGUUGCUCAAAUUAUGAAGGAUUAA